AUGACCCUCGAGAACAAACUCCCUCAAGAGCUGUGGGACUGCAUUAUCGAUCUUCUACACGACGACAAGGAUGCACUCCGUGCGUGCUCCCUAACCCAUCGUCGCUGGCGCAGCGCCAGCCAGUACCAUCUGUUUCCUUCCGAGCUCUUCCUACGCGCUAAGGAGGACCUGGACACGAUCAGAAAUCUCAUCCAGUUCUCGCCCAACAUCCUGGAGAACGUCACGAAGAUCCGUGUGGUGGCCGUACCGAUGGGACAAUCAGAGAUUCCGUUCGUCUUUCCCCGGGUCGAGGAGCUCACGGUCUGGCUAGAAGAGCAUAUCCCGGAUUCCUUCAAGACCCUAUCAGGGGAGUGGAAAGAGUACCCCCUGAAAUUGGCUCAGAAUAUCGCGGUCUGUUGCCCCGGUUUGAAAACACUCGCGAUCGAGCGCGCCGCGCUGGAACCCAUGUCCGUUUUCCAGGUCCUCACUUCUUUGCCCCACCUCCGUUGCGUCCGCAUCGGUCCGAACGUGAAAAUCAGGUCGGUUUACCCGCCGAGGCCAUUGCCUACGGAGGCGCCGGCGCUCGACAUCGCGGAAAUCCACCUAGAUCCCGCCCCAUAUGUCGUAAAUCACUUCAGGCUCGUGUGCGACUACCUGGCCCAUCUCUGCUCGCUCGGUUCCCUGGCAUCCCUCUCGCGCCUGAGCUGGGUACCCAAGUGGAUGCUGCAGGAAGAGUUGUUGGCUUUGCGCAAGCUCGUGCAGCUUUGCCCCGGCCUCAGAUAUCUGCACGUGUCGCUCCAGGGCUAUUACCUAUACGCCGAUCAAGAAGAGCGCUUGGACCUUGCGAACAACCCGUUGUUGGAGUCCUUCUGCGUAACCAUCGAACUAGGCAAAUACAGUUCGCUCCGGAAGGCCGCAUUCGACGUCGGUGGGGUUCAGGCCAUCCUGGAGAGCGCAGCGUUGGCGACGAUCACACGCUUCGAAAUCACGUUCACCGUUUCGACGGCCUGGGGGAAACGAGACGACGGCGACAAGUGGGCGGCCCUCGCGGACGCGCUCGUCAGGCUUUCGGAUGUCGUCAAGUUGACUCGGGUCCGCGUCAAAAUUUUCGCCGUUGUGUAUGGCAGGCCCCACUCGAUAACACGGACAGAAUCGGAGACGUAUAACCGAAAUGUCAAGGCACUCGCGGAGCAACAUGUGGGGUCGCUUUGCGAGAGAAUACAGGCGCUCGACGUGGAUGUAGAAGUCGUUGAGGAUGAGGAUGCGUGA